AUGGAGAAGAUCACCGUGAGGACCUCAGAUGGCCAUGAGUUCGAGCUGGAGGAGCACCUGGCAUUGCAAUCGGCCCCCAUUAAAACCUCACUGGACCUUCCCGGUGAAACUGUACCGCUCUCCAACGUGAACAGCUGGGAGAUGGUGAAGGUCAUCGCGUUCUUCACCAAGCUACAAGAGCUGGAGACCAGUUUCGGCGUUAAAUUCAUGGAGAAAAAAGAGGAUCGGUUUCUUGAGGCCUUCCAGAACGAGUUCGACAAGGACUUGAGCGAUGAAAACUUGGUGUGUCUCCUUUGCGCUGUGAGUUACUUGGAAAUUGAGGUUUUGCAAGAGAUUAUGUGCAGCUUAAUGGCUGAGAGGAUCAAGACCAAGUCGCUCGACUAUUGCAGGGACUUGUUUGGGGUUUCGAGUGACUAUACUCCUGAAGAGGAAGCGAAAAAUCGGAAGGAUUAUUGUUGGGCUUUCGAAGGCUCUGAAAUUGAAAAAUACAAAAGACCUGCGCGCAGAUUGUAA